AUGAGUUACAUAGAAGCUACUAAGAAUAAAAACCAGCAAAGAAGUUUAGAUACUGGCCUGUAUUGUGAAACCAGUAUGGCUUUGGAAGAUGUUAUUCGUCAGGCAAGGAGUUUUAUCUCCAUGAAUGAUUUUAAGCAAGCUUUGAAAGUGCUUAAACCGUAUAAGAAAUUCUUACAGAAUGAAAAUGCCAAUAACAUUCCACUCUUAGAAGUGUAUGCUGAUAUCUAUUUGGAAGAUGGAAAAAUAGAAAAGGCCUAUUCCUUAUUAAUUAAAGCUUGUGAGUUGGAUUCAACUGGUAAAAUUGGUGGUUGCGGGAAAUUUUUUACUCUAGGUCAAAUAAUAGGUGGUAUAGAUGGGGUCCAUACUAUAAGAAAGGGAAUUGAAAAUAUUUAUAGGAUUUACGAAGCCAGAAUUCCCCAAGACCAAGUCGAUAUGGUCAUUUCAGGUCUCUUAUCCAUGAUUGAAAUAUGGAUGACUGACUUGUGUAUGGAGGCCGAUGCUGAAUCACAAUGUGAGGAAGCAAUUACAAAGGCGCUGGAAAUAUCUGAAGGCAAGUCGCCAGAAGCUUGGUCAAUGUUAGGAUCUAUAAGAAUAUCUCAGCAGAAUAUUGCCGAAGCCGCUACCGCUCUCACCAAGGCAUGGGAGUUUUUUCAACAAAAGAAGAAGAUGAUGGAACAGGCAUUGAAGGGAGAAAUCUCUAUUGAUAACCCAAAAUUACAUGCAGAUUAUAUCGAGCUAUUGCAACCUUUGCUGUCCUUGGCUAAGAUGAGUGUUGAAUUGGGAUUAUAUGAUAAUGCAAUCCAGAUUUUGUUCGCUGUAAAGGAUCUAGACGAAGAUAACAUCGAAGCGUACUAUUUGGAAGGCUUCAUAUACUAUUUGACAUGUAAAUUAGAUCUGUUUAAAAUUCAAAAUCCGACGAUCGAUAUUUCACCAGCAAAUGUAUACGAAUUUAAUCAAAAGUUUCAGGAUUUGCCGCUUGAGUUGACUAGCGAAGCUUUGCAAGAGAGUAUUCAUGAUGCCCGUAUUGCAUUGUCGUUUGCGUUGAAGCUAGGAGAAAAUUGCGAUCCCGAAGAUGAAGUUUCCCAAGAAUUAAUACAAGGUGCGCAUUCUCUUCUCGUGGAACUAGGAGGGUCUGUAGAUGUUAAAGAGCUAAUCAAGGUUAAGCAUGGAGAUGAUAUUAACGAACAGGACGAGCUGGACCUAAACACGAUAGAAGAAUAA